UUUUUCCUUAAACAAACGAAGCGUAAAUGAUAAUGCCAAUAAUCCUCAAGUUUUUGAUAAUUUUGAUGAUUCACGCUGCCGUUAGCGAUGCCGAGACAAUUGAAAUGGACGAUGAGAAUUGCGAGACUCUGCAAUCAGAAGUACAUAUUACCAAGGACGAAUACGACGAGAUACAAGGACGUCUGAGACGAACUUGUAGCGGCGAUGUGACCGUCGCGAAAUGCGAAGGAUUUUGCAAUUCGCAGGUUCAACCGAGCGUUGUCACCACUACGGGAUUUUCGAAAGAGUGCUAUUGCUGUCGCGAGAGUUACAUGAAGGAAAGACUUGUUGUGCUAAAUCAUUGCUACGACGCAGAUGGGAUAAAACUGACAAAUAUCGAAGACGAGAUCAUGGAAAUCAAGAUACGAGAACCUGCCGAAUGUAAAUGCAUCAAAUGCGCAAUUGUUGGAGUUGACGAGUGUCAGACAACGAGAGUGAUACACUUUCUCGAGUAUCCUGGUUGCGUUCCAAAACCAAUUCCGAGUUAUGCGUGCAGAGGACGUUGCAGCAGUUAUCUGCAAGUGUCCGGCUCCAAGAUGUGGCAAAUGGAGAGGAGCUGCAUGUGUUGUCAGGAAAGCGGUGAGAGAGAGGCUAGUGUGUCACUGUUCUGUCCGAGGGCUAAGCCAGGAGAGAAGAAGUUCCGCAAGGUGAUCACCAAGGCGCCUUUGGAAUGCAUGUGUCGACCGUGCACCAGCGUAGAGGAAUACGCGAUAGUCCCUCAGGAAAUCGCAGGAUUUGCCGAUGAGGGUCCGUUUGCGACGUCCGCGCAUUUCAGACGAUCUUCUGGCUUACAGUAGAGAUAUACAUCUUCUCCUUAGAGAGAAAUUUAUGAAUUAUUCUUCGGUCGCCGACGAAUUUCGCGCUGAUAAAUAUGUAAGACGCAACUUAUUAUCUUAUUAUUAUUACUGCGAUAAACAAUUAUACGGUAUAAAAUUCUCAAAUGUGAGCAUUUUAUUACUUUUUGUUUUAGUCACAAACGAGUUAAGUAUGUGAAAUGUAUGUGUGGAAAAAUAUAUAUAUAUAUAUACAUACACA